CUCCCCCCCCCUCCUCUGUUGGUCAGGGAGCGCGAGCCGCGGCUUCCAGUAAAUUCCAGCGCUCGGUUAGGCAGAGGAAGGCCUGUCGAUCUGACACACAGCGGCGAUGAUUAAAAACGGAGUGGCUUCGCAGGACAACUGUUCCCCCGAGAAGAGGAAGCGGAUGGUGCGAGUCUGGUGCGAUGGCUGCUAUGAUAUGGUGCAUUAUGGCCACUCCAACCAGCUGAGGCAGGCACGUGCUAUGGGUGAUUACCUCAUUGUAGGAGUACAUACAGAUGAGGAAGUCGCUAAGCACAAAGGUCCACCUGUAUUUACACAGGAGGAGCGUUACAAGAUGGUCCGUGCGAUUAAGUGGGUUGAUGAGGUCAUUGAGGGAGCGCCAUAUGUAACAACACUUGAAACACUGGAUAAAUAUAAUUCUGAUUUUUGUGUCCAUGGAGAUGAUAUUACUUUGACUGCAGAUGGUAAAGAUACUUAUGAAGAAGUAAAGAAAAUGGGCAGAUACAGAGAGUGUAAACGUACACAAGGUGUUUCCACUACAGACCUGGUUGGCCGAAUGCUUCUCAUGACUAAAGCUCAUCACAGCAAUAUUGUUUUCCCCCAAUUCCUGCAGGAAAAAAAUUCAGACUACCAGGAGCACACUGACAACUUUGGCAAGGGACCAAAAGGUCACAGCCCUUGGACUGGAGUAUCUCAAUUUUUGCAGACAUCCCAAAAAAUUAUUCAGUUUGCUUCUGGAAAAGAGCCUCAACCAAAUGAUACAAUAAUCUACGUGGCAGGAGCAUUUGAUUUGUUCCAUAUUGGUCAUGUAGACUUUCUGGAAAGUGUCUACAAGUUGGCAGAAAGGCCUUAUAUUAUUGUUGGUCUACAUUUUGACCAGGAAGUGAACCGAUACAAGGGAAAGAAUUACCCAAUAAUGAAUGUGCAUGAAAGGACACUCAGUGUACUGGCCUGUAGAUAUGUGUCAGAAGUAGUAAUAGGAGCUCCUUACUCUGUGACUGCAGAUUUACUGGAUCACUUCAAGGUUGACUUGGUCUGUCAUGGAAAGACAGAAGUAAUGGCUGAUAAAGAUGCUUCAGACCCAUAUGCUGAACCUAAACGACGCAACAUCUUCAAAUCCAUCCAAAGUGGGAAUGAUCUCACUACAGACCACAUUGUUCAAAGAAUAAUUAAGAACAGAUUACAAUUUGAGGCAAGAAACCAAAAGAAAGAAGCUAAGGAGCUGGCAGCAAUAGAGGCCAUCAAGAAGAGAUGUGAUGAACGAACGAAAGGAAUUCUUGACCAGAAAUCCAGUGAAUAAUGCUAUCCACACAUAACCAAUGUCCAUUUACACCAGUACACUACAUUUAAUGAAUGGUCUUUCUUCUGCACUGUUUGUUUUAUGUUUACUAGACUUUUGCAUUUUAGAUUUGCAGUGAAUUUACUUGGCGGACCUUUUAAUAUUUUUAAUAGACUUAAUUUAAAAUAAUGGGAUGCACUAAAGGGGUAGUCUGCACUUUUUGGGCAUACUAAACCAGCUGCUUGUACAUAUACAGAUAGUUGUAAGAAUGUUUACAGUCUAGUGCUGUAAAAAGUUUUAAAGUAUAUAAUUUAAAAAUUAUAUUUUCUAUUUUCAUUUAAUUGACCUGUAAAAGGUCUGAUAACAUUGUAGACUUUUCAAAUAUCUAUUACUUUUUUGGUAAUUGAAUUUUAUGUAUGUAUCAUGCUGCUUUUCUAUUUAUGAAGAUAUUUUAAGGUGCAAUUAAAACUGAAGCAACUUUGAUGUUUACUAAUAGCAAGAAAAUUUCAGUUGAAUUUGAAAUAAUGAGCCAUGGUUUAUUUUUAAUUUCCUUCUCAUCAUAGUACAGGAGGCAAAUUUAAAUCCCAAACUUUUGUUUUAUAAAGAUCUUGAACUAUAAGCCAUUAAUGGGUCCCAUUUCUUCUCCCUCCCCCCAGCUGCCAUAAUCUCCAGUGGGUGAACAGCAAAUUAAAGCAUCAGUGCUUUGUUUUCUCUUAAAUCUUUUUCUUAGCAUAAUUGGUGUAGCUCUAAUUAUUCCUGGGCACAAUGCAUUUUAGUAGCGGUUUUAUUUCUUGGGACCAUACAAUAUUUUAAUAAAAGUCUGCAGUACAUGCAGUCCAUUAUAGUACAAUUGCACAUACGUACAGUUGAGGUCAAAUAUAUUAGAAAUAAAAUCUUAGUUCCGUUUAUCAACAGUUUAAGGAAGAAAAUGUUCAAAAUUGCUACCUACUGCAUUUUAACACUACAUGUAGAAAAGAACUAAAACUAAGUUUCUAGCUCUCAAGGAAUCUUUAUGCUUGAAGUUAUGAAAAAAUAUUUUUUAGGUUUUUUCCCAUUUAAGUAAUUUUACUUAGCAUCCUUACUAGUCCACAUCUCUCUGCAAUAAUCAAAGUCAGAUUAAGUAACACUGAGAGCCUUUGAAGCUGAACCCGUUCCAUUAUAGUGGUCAGAGCAUCCUGUUGAUAUGUAGUAGCUGCCCAACACACGCUUGAGUAAUACUACUGUUGUAUUUUUUUUCUCCCUCAUACUUCUGGGAAGUAAUUUUUUUUUCAGAAGAUUACAUUUUGUGUUCUGUAUGGUUGCUUACCAUUAUUAUGGCUUUGGUUUUAAUGUGUUCAGCUUGCUUUUGAACUACACUGUGCUACAUGUAAAUAUCCUAUUUUGUGUUUAUCUUGAACUUGUUGCAGUUUUAAUGAAUGUAUAUCCUGGAAAACCUGUCUGUAGAACUUUUGAAUAUCUGCUUCUCUCCAAAUGGUGAAUUAAAACAAAUGCCUCUUGAGUAAUGUAUGCUGGUGUAACUUGACAAAUAAACCAACACACAAGUUGUGUGUGGCUUUGAAUUA